GGAGAGCCGAGGUUUUAUUUAUUCGAAAGUUUUCGCGACAAAUUAUUACGUUAUUAUUAUUAUUAUUAUUAUAUAUGGGCUCUCUCUUCGAAACGCUCGAUCGCAGAAAUCGAAGAUAUGUCUGACAAUAAGUUGGCCGAAUCGAUAGAGGACGACAACUCCGUCACGAUGCUCGAUGUUCUCCAGGUGGAGAAUCAGCUCGAGGAAGACGCUUACGCCGUUUUGGGCGCCUCCGAUGAUCAGAAUUGUACUUACAACAAGGGAUAUAUAAGGCAGGCGUUGUAUGCGUGUAAAACCUGUUGUUCGGACAAAAUUCGAGCUGCUGUUUGCUUGGCGUGUAGUUUUCAUUGUCAUGAAGGGCACGAACUUGUGGAACUGUAUACAAAGAGACAUUUUAGGUGCGACUGUGGAAAUUCCAAGUUUGAUGGCAAACAAUGUAAUUUGGAGAAGUCAAAAUCUUCUGUCAAUACUGAAAACAAAUAUAAUCAAAAUUUCGAUGGAGUUUAUUGUACUUGCGCAAGACCAUAUCCUGAUCCUGAAGGCGAUGAAGAUGACAUGUUUCAAUGUACAAUAUGUGAAGAUUGGUAUCAUUUGAAGCAUCUAGAAUGUGAAAAUGGUAUACCUGGGGAAAAUGCAUACGAUGAAAUGAUUUGUGCAGGAUGUAUGAGACAACAUAAUUUUCUGUGGAAAUACGCAUCAAAAUAUGCAGUUUCGAAAAAAUCAGAUGUAAAAUCUGACGUGUCUGAGAACAACGAAGAAAUUGAAGUUGGUGAAUUACCAAAAGGAUGUCAAAUGCCAAAACAUAAUUGUACCAAUACUAAAGGAAGCUGUUUUUGGACAGAAGGUUGGAGAGCUGCAUUGUGCACUUGCGAGGAAUGCAAAUCAUUGUAUAAUGCAAAUAACAUUGCAUUUUUACUUGAUCCAAAAGAUAGUGUACAAGCAUAUGAGGAAGCUGGCAAGAUGAAUAAACAAGAAUCACAAUAUGAGAAAGGUAUGAAGGCUCUUGAAAGCAUGGGACAUGUACAAAAGUUGACAGCAAUUGAAGAAUACAACAAUAUGAAAGAACGACUCAUGCAAUAUCUACAAAAGUUUGCGCAAAACAAAAAAGUGGUACGUGAAGAAGACAUAAAAGAAUUUUUUUCAGAAAUGGAAUCAAAGAAGCGUCCCAAAGUGACAGUGCCAACAUAUUGUCGUUGAAAAAAAUGUAUGUAUUUUAAUAUUACAAUUAAUCUCAUAGAUAUCUAUUAAAAAUAUGCUUAUAUUAUGUUUCUAUGGUAGAUUAUAAAUUAUAAUAUACACAUAAUAUAUAUUGAUAAUUUAAGAUUAUCAAUAUUGUGGAACAAAAUAAUGUGCAUGAUUUAAAAGAACAAUCAAAAGAAAAAAUUUAUUAAAGAGUUGCUAGUCUACUGAUACAUAUAUAUCGACAUAAAAGAAACACCAAUUGUUUGAACAUGCAUUUCUUAACAUCCCCAAUUUUAUCAAAUAAUUCAAUAAAGUAGAGCAUUUAAUAAACUAAA